AUGGAUGCCGGUAAGGCGGUUGCAGAAGAGUUGGAGUCGGUUCAGGCCAUAUUUCCCGAGCUGGAGAUCGGGCCCGAACUGCGGUCAUGUGCCAUCCGAUUACCGGUGAGCUUGGAGUGUGCGCUUGUGCUUGAGCUGCAGAAAUCUGAGGAACACGGCAGCGAAGUGUCGGUUCAUAGAAGCGCAUCUUUGAACCACUUGCCUGCGAUUUGGUGCCGAAUCUCCAUUCCACCCGGGUAUCCGUACCAACAGGCCCCAGCUUUAGCUAUUGGCAAUGUCAGCAGCUGGCUGCCGAGCUGGAAGCUUGACGAAAUCUCGAAAGAGUUGGUCCAGAUUUGGGACUCUUUCAAGGACGCGGUUAUUUUCUCGUACAUCGACUACAUCAGGUCGAAUAGUGAAUCAGGAUUUGGGGUCUUUCGAGACAACAAGAUCGUUGUAGACGAUGAAGAAAACUUCAAGUUUCUAGUGGAAGAAAACGAAAAAGAAGAGAAAGUGAUUUUCAACAAUUCGACGUUCACUUGCGAAAUAUGCCAAUCUGAACACAAAGGACUUCACACCACGAGGUUCCCCGACUGUGGGGACGUCUUCUGUGACACGUGUUUGAGCAGCUAUUUUGUACACACUAUAAAAAGAGGAGAUAUUGGAAGUAUCCACUGUCCGUCGGUUAGCUGCACUCAACUUCACCAGAAGCAACUCAAAGAGCUAUAUAGCGCAGCAGAAUCUAGAAUGAUUUCUGAUUUUGAAGGCUUCAACAACAAGUUCUUUAAACUGCCAUUGGAAGAUCAUUUUUUGGAGAGAAUUAUUUCAAAAGGGCCGCCGUCAUCAUCAUCAACGCUCGAGUUAAUUGAGAGAUACCGGGAUUUGCAUUACCGGUCGACAAUGGAAGCAUACAAGGCACUUUUUCCGGAAAGAGUCACAGGGUGUCCCCGGCCCCUUUGUGCUAGGGUGUUUUUGAAAGACUCUCCCGAUACUAAGCUCGCGAUCUGUCCCAAAUGCAAGUUUGCGUUCUGCGUCGACUGCUAUCAUUCAUGGCAUGGAGCCAACAAUCCAUGCUCUUCGAUUAUGAAACAGCUUCCGAGAAGAGUAAUUGAAACAUGGCUAUCUCACCAUGGCCACGAAAGCCACUUGCAAUCAGAUGAGGAUCGCAGAGUUUGCUCCAAUAUUGCCUUCAAAUAUGGAAAAAGAAGGGUGGAGUUAGCUGUCGGUGAUUUUAUCGCACAGGAACAGUUCGAAGAUUUGGUUAGAUCUGGGGAGGCAGACAUUGUACAAUGCCCUAAAUGCGCUAUCUUUACACAGCGCUCGGAUGGCUGUAACAAGAUGACAUGCUGCAACUGUCAGGUUUUCUUUUGCAAUAUAUGUGGAGAUCGACUCAAUCAGAAGGAUCCUUAUCUGCAUUACAACGAUCCGAUGAGCAAGUGUUAUGGAAAGUUAUUCGAGAACUUGAUUUCCGAUGAAGAAGCUCAGUAG